AUGGAAACAGCAGGCAUGGGCAGCUUCAAGGUGGAGCUCUUCUUGGAUCAGAUGCCUUUGACGGCCUCCAACUGGAUCGACUUGGCCAAAACAGGCUUUUAUGACGAUGGUAUCCACUUCCACCGGGUGAUCCCCAACUUCAUGUGCCAAUUCGGGUGCCCCUACGCCAAAGACCCCAAGAGCCCUCGUGCGGGCACCGGCGGCCCCACCGCCGGAGAGUUUGAAGUCUUGGGAACGGAUCAAAAGGCCUACAGGGAUAGCGGCGGGAACAUCGAGGACGAGUUCACCACCAAACUGGGAAACGAGCCAGGUACGCUGUCCAUGGCCAACACGGGACAACCCAACUCGGGUGGCUCGCAAUUCUUCAUCAACGUGAACAACAACAGCUUCCUGAACUGGUUCGAUCGCUCCACUCCUUCGGCCCAUCCAGUCUUUGGCAAGGUGGUGGAAGGCUACGACCUGAUCGAAAAGAUCUCCCAAGUGCCCACGGACAGUGGUGACAAUCCCAACGAGCCUGUGAAGAUGAUCAAGAUCACGAUCGAUGGUGCCUUCUACCAUUGGAUUAUCCAUGCAUGCCAGACCAAGCUCCACAACCCCGAGGCCGCGCGUUGGUUUGCAGCUCGAAUGGAAAAGUCCGGGCUGAAAGCCAAUGUCGUCACGUUCAACUGUAUGAUUGGCUCCUGCUUCAAGAAUGGCGACUUGGACCUUGCACGCUCUUGGUGGGAUGUCAUGGUUGCCAGUGGCAUCAAACCCAACCGCGUGACCUACAACAUCCUGAUCAGUUCGUGUGCCAAGAUGCGCGAUGCCGCUGGCGCCGAGAAGUGGAUGUUGCAAAUGAUCGAGCAAGGAUUCGCAAGAGGCACCUUGGAGCAGUUGGGCGAAACCUCGCCCAGAGGUGUAGCGACGUCGAAGCGAUCGAUCGAUGCGUGGGAGGACUAUCGUGUGAGCACUCAAAAGGGCAGCCUGACAUGUCUGGGCACCGGGCAGCCUGAGACUUUUUGGGCACUGGGUUGGGCACCAGUUGCAGAUGCUUUGUGCACUGAGGCAGCGGAUUCGGUGGUUUACAACAGCAUGAUCAACGCGUGUGCCAAGGCCGGCGACAUCGAGCGGGCUGACCACUGGCUGGAACACAUGUUGCAGGCUGGCGUCAAACCAGACGACAAGACCUACAACAGCGGGGGUGCAGAGUCAUCGGCUGUGGUUUUGAUGUUCCAGACGGGGUUUAGCUGUUGGCAUUGCUUGUCCUUGUCCUUCCCUUUGGCUGGACGGGUUCGCGGAAGGUCUGAUGCAUGCUUGUGGCCGCAACGGAAAUCCUGA